AUGGUUGGAAACUUCAACGCGCGGCUGAACAUUUUCGGAAUCAAGGUUAGCGAACUCACAGGAGACACUCAAAUGACAAAACAGCAGAUCUUGGAGACCCAGAUUAUUGUUAUCACACCCGAGAAGUGGGAUUUAUACAAAUCUCAUUCGGUCAUGAUUAUUGAUGAAAUUCACCUGCUGCACGAUGAGCGUGGACCCGUGCUUGAGAGCGUCGUGGCACGUACAAUACGGAGGAUGGAGCAAACAGGAGAGUACGUUCGCCCAGUUGGUCUCUCAGCUACACUUCCAAACUACCAAGAUGUUGCAACCCUCCUCCACAUGGAUGAAUUGAAAGGUCUAUUCUAUUUUGAUGCCUCAUACCAGAAGAAGGUUAUCAAACGUUUCCAGGUCGUGAAUGAGGUUUGCUACAAGAAGGUACUUGACCAAGCGGGCAGAAAUCAGACCCUUUCCGCCAAGUUUCGUUUUGACUCAGCGACGCAUGAGAUCCUCACGGAGGAAGCAGGCAACAUCAAAGAUAGCAAUCUGCACAACCUCUUGCCGUUUGGGUUCGCUAUUCACCACGCCAGUAUGACUAGAGAAGACAGGGAGCUUUUCGCAGAUGGUGCAGUCCAGGUUCUUGUCUGCACAGCAACACUCGCAUGGGGUAUCUAUAACCUGGAGAAAGGCCGCUGGAUGCUUGCUCGUGCUGGUCGUCCGCAAUAUGAUAUGCAUGGCGAGGGCAUCAUCAUCACGAACCAUGCUGAGCUGCAGUACUACCUCAGCUUGCUGAACCAGCAACUGCCAAUUGAGUCUUUGUUUGUAGAUUUUCUUGGAACAGUUUGCAACCGUAAUGAGGCCGUCCAGUGGUUGGGGUACACUUAUCUUUAUGUCCGCAUGCUGAAGUCCCUAGGACUGUAUAGUGUUGGCGUGGAUUACCAGGAGGACGACAAUGGUCUUAUCCAGAACCAUUCUGACAUUGCCCAUUCUGCCGCCGUUCUGCUGGAGAAAUGUCAUCUCAUCAAGUAUGAACGUGCAUCUGGUCGUUUCCAGAGCACCGAGCUUGGUCAUAUUGCAUCUCACUACUAUGUUACAUACAAUUCAAUGGCUAUGUACAACCGGCAUCUUAGGCCAACCAUGUCGACACUGGAACUCUUCCGGGUGUUUGCGCUCUCGAAUGAGUUCAAACUUCUGCCGGUGCAUCAAGAGGAGAAGCUUGAGCUUGGCAUCGAUGAACCUGCAGCGAUCAACGUCCUCCUGCAAGCAUAUAUAUCGCAACUCAGACUUCACGGCUUUGCUCUUGUGGCUGAUAUGGUCUUUGUUUAG